UGAAAUUUUCUAAAGCGAUGAGAAUUUUCGGCUAUUUCACUUCUAAAUUGGCGGCAAUCCCCAUUUUACUCCACCCUCUUUAUGAGGUUAUCAAAUGCAAUGAACCAGACAUAUCGUUCUGGGAUGCCUUAUCUUUCAUGGAUUAUGCAGCAUGUGACAGCAGCGGGUCAGCAUGUGACAGUGCUAUUGCUAGCGAGAUCGAUGCAAAAACAUUCCUUGGAAUUGUCUGUCUUGUUUUGCUGGAGAUGGCAUACAUUUGGCUGAUGUACAAGGAAUUUAAAAGUCCUCCGCCCAUCAAAAAACAACCUAAUCAUGCUGAUGGGGCAAACAGCAGUGGGGUAAAUGUGGAGUGGAUUGAAGGCGACUCCCAAGCAAGUACCAGUGAAGAAAUCGAGAUCAACUUGUAAAAAUUACUGGAUAGAAAUGUUAAUUCCAUAUUAUGAAGAUGUAUAUGUAACAUAGAAUGUAAAUACAACACCAAAUAAAGAAUUCAAAAUCAA